AUGUUUCUAUAUAAUUUAACAUUACAACCAAAAACUGUUAUAACACAUGCUAUAUCUGGACAUUUUUUUGGUAAUUCAAAACAACAGGAAAUAUGUAUAGCAAGAGGUUCUACUCUUCAAUUACUUUUACCAGAUCCAAAUACUGGAAAAUUAGUGACAAUAUAUAGUCAAGAAUGUUUUGGUAAUAUUCGUAAUUUAAUGGCAUUUCGAUUAACUGGUGGUAAAAAAGACUAUAUAAUAAUAACAUCUGAUAGUGGAAGAAUUGGAUUUCUUGAAUAUAUACCAGUAAAAAAUAUUUUUCAAAUUGUUCAAAUGGAAACAUAUGGAAAAACAGGAAUUAGAAGGGCUGUUGCCGGAGAAUUUAUUGCAGUUGAUCCAAAAGGUCGUUGUGUUAUGAUAGCAUCGAUUGAAAAACAAAAGUUAGUAUAUAUAAUGAAUCGUGAUUCAGAAGCAAAACUAACAAUAUCUUCACCUUUAGACGCAAGUAGGACACAAACAUUAUGUUUUGGAGUUGUUGGAAUUGAUGUUGGUUAUGAUAACCCAACAUUUGCUGCCCUUGAAAUUGAUAUUGAAGAAAUUGACAAUGAUCCUACUGGGGAAAAAUUAAAAGAAUGUAAGCAAAAUUUAGUUUAUUAUGAACUUGAUUUGGGAUUAAAUCAUGUUGUUAAAAAAUGUUCUGAACCUCUUGAUCAAAUUGUUAAUUUAGUAGUUUCUGUACCAAGAGGUGUUGAUGGUCCUGGUGGAGUUUUAUUAUGUUGUGAAGGGAAAAUAAUUUAUAAAAAUAUUAUUGAAGGUUUAGAAUCAUCUAUACAAAUUCCAAAAAGAAAAUUUGCUCUUGAUGAUGAGUAUUCUUCUUCAAUGAUUGUAAACUGUGUAUCUCAAUUAAAAACAAAAGGAGCAAUGUUUUUCCUUAUUCAAUUUGAAAAUGGUGAUCUUUUUAAACUUACAAUAUCAAUGACAAAGAAAAAUCCUGUACUGGAAUUAACAUACUUUGCCACAAUGCCACCAGCUUCUGCAAUAACUAUUCUAAAAACUGGUUAUUUUUUUGUUGCUUGUGAAAGUUCAACAUCAAGAUACUUUCAAAUUACUAAACUUGAUGAUACUGAAGGUGAAAAAUUUCUUAGUACAGAUGAUGAUAAUGAAAAUUUUUAUACUCCAAAACAAUUAUCACACAUAUACGAAGUUGAUCGAUUAAAUUCAUUAAAUCCACUAAUGAGACUUAAAGUUGCUGAUAUGAUAAAUGAAGGAUCUCCACAAUUUUAUGCUUUAUGUGGUGCUGGUCCAUCAUCAAAUUUAAAAAUUUUAAGAAAUGGAUUACCAAUUAGAGAGGUUGCAGUUUGUCAAAUGCCUGGAACACCAACAGGUGUAUUUUCAGUAAAAAAAUCAUUAGAUGAUAUUCAUGAUGCCUAUAUUAUUGUUUCUUUUGUUAAUGCAACAUUAGUCCUUAAGAUAGGUGAAUCUGUAGAAGAGGCUGUUGAUACUGGUUUUUUUAAUAGUGCUACAACAAUUAAUGCCUGUCAAUUUGGUGAAGAUAGUUUUAUACAAGUUAUACCAACUGGCAUUCGACAUAUAACUGUUAAUCAACGUAUUAAUGAAUGGGUUUGUCCAAGCAGGAAAAGUAUAACACAUGCAGCAUUGAGAAAUAGACAAGUUGUUAUAUGUUUGAACACUAAUGAAUUAAUUUAUUUUGAACUGGAUAUGUAUAAUCAAUUAAAUGAGUAUAAUGAAAAAGUACAAGUUGAUCAUACUGUAUUAUCAAUGGUUCUUUCACCAAUUCCAUAUGGUGAAUUUAGAUCUAGAUUUUUAGCAAUUGGUUGUGGUGAUUGUACAGUUAGAAUUUUUAAUUUAGAUCCAUAUGAUUGUUUAAAACAAAUAACAAUGAAAUUAUUAGAUUCACGACCUAGAUCAUUAAUGUUUGUAGAGUAUGAAACAGAUGAAAGUGACUACAGAUCAACUUACUUAAAUAUUGGUAUGGAUGAUGGUUUUCUUAUGAGAUGUUCAAUUGAUUCUGUUACUGGUGAUAUAUCUGAUAGUAGAAAACGACACUUAGGAACAAGACCUGUAAAAUUAUCAAAAAUGUACACAUCUGGUAAAGAUGCAUUAUUAGCAAUCUCAAAUAGAAUGUAUCUUAAUUAUAUGCAUCAAAAUAGGUUAUAUAUGAAUCCUGUUAGUUAUGAAGUUUUAGAAUUUGCAGAUGGUUUUAGUGCUGAAGGUAUAAAAGAAGGAAUUGUUGGUAUUGGAGGUGAUAAACUUUACAUUUUAUGUCCUGAAAAGUUAGGUGAAACAUUUAAUCAAAUUAGUUUUAAAUUACAAUUUACACCUAGAGAUAUGGUUUAUCAUUAUGCUGGUACAAUGUUUAUUGUUGAAUCUGACAGUUCAAUAUUAUCACAAAAUAAAUCUAAAGAACAUAAAAUAGAAGUUAUUAAAAGUAUUUUGUCAUUAACUGAAAUUGAUGAAGAAACUUUACCACUUCAAUAUAUUGAAUUUUUAAAAGGAAAUGAUAUGCCAACAGAAGAAUAUGGUUAUGAACGUACUUCUGAUGGUGAAUGGGCUUCAUGUUUAAGAUUAUUAAAUGUACGUACAGGUGAAACAAUAAAAAGACUUGAAUUGGAUUCACGGGAUGCUGCUUUUUGUUGUACAUUUGUAGAAUUUCUUCAACAUCCUGGAGCUCAUUUUGUACUUGUUGGUUGUGCAACUGGCCUAAAAUUUAAUCCUCAUACAAAUUCUGGUGGCGCAAUUUAUACUUUCCAUAUAACAGAUGGAGGUCACAAUUUUGAGUUAAUUCAUGUAACAUCAACAGAAGCUCCUGUAUAUGCAAUAACAGAAUUUAAAGGUCAUGCACUUGUUGGUUGUGGUAAAUCUAUAAGAAUGUAUGCUUUUGGUAAAAGAAAAUUAUUAAAAAAAUGUGAAAGUAGAAAUAUGCCUGUUAAUGUUGUUAAAAUAGCUACAAUUGGACAAAGAAUUAUUGCAUGUGAUAGUCAGGAAUCAGUUCAUUUUAUGAGAUAUAUUCAAAAAGAUAAUAGUAUUGUUACAUUUUGUGAUGAAAAUUCACCUAGAUACGUUACUGCCAUUGCUGUUUUAGAUUAUGAUACAGUUGUUGUUGGAGAUCGUUUUGGAUCAAUUGCUGUUUUAAGACUACCUGAAGGAGUUUUAGAUGAAGCUGAUGAAGAUCCAACUGGAGUUAGAACAAUAUGGCAACGUGGUGCCAUGAAUGGAGCAUCUCAAAAAGCAAAUGUUAUUGCACAUUUUUAUGUUGGAGAUGCUGUUACAUCUCUUGAACUUGUUCAUAUUUUAGCAGGAGCAGAAAAAUGUAUUGUAUAUGGUACAAUUAGUGGUUCCAUUGGUAUACUAGUACCAUUUUUAUCAAAAAAUGAAUUUGAUUUCUUCCAAGCAUUAGAAAUGUAUAUGAGAAGAGAUUUUGUAUCUAUUUGUGGAAGAGAACAUGUAUCAUAUAGAUCUUACUAUGCUCCAGUAAAGAAUAUAAUUGAUGGAGAUAUGUGUGAACAAUUUAAUUUAUUGGAAAGACUAAAACAAUGUGAUAUUGCAGAAAAUCUUCAAAAAACAAUUAAUGACAUAUCUAAGAAACUCGACGAUAUUCGUACACGCUAUGCAUUUUAA